UGGUAGCUUCGGCACCCCUUCGUCCGUCCUUGCUCUCUUUCUCUUCUUCUUCUUCUCCCCUAAGGUACGAUCCGCUUCCGUUCAAUUCCCCGAUUCCGAUCCCAGAAGACGGAAAACGCUUCCCGCGCUGCUCGCCGGAAUUGAUUGAACUGUUCCUCCUCCUGCUGGAGCUCUAGGAUUCUGGCUUUUGGUGGGGUAUAAUUGGAGCAGCUGUUCCGGAUUGACAUAAAGUCGCCGCUGGCGAUGGUAUUUGAUCGGACCGGCUAGCGGCGGUUGAUCCAGAAUUCUCGAAUUUGCAAUGGCAGCUGCUGGCGAUGAGGAUCCCGAUGCCGUCCUUAGUGACGUGGAAGGAGACGAUCCGGUGCCAAUCACCAUUUCGGAGCCCUCCCCGGAGGACUUAUCGGUGGAGAGGUUCCGGGAGCUGAUGACAGAGCUCGACCGCGAGAGGCAGGCCCGUGCGGCCGCGGAGAACUCUAAGUCCGAGCUGCAGGUCCAAUUCGGCCGCCUGAAGGCGCUCGCCCACGAGGCGAUUAAGAAGCGGGAUCAAUGCACGAGAGAGAGGGAUGAGGCCCUGCGCGAGAAAGAGGAGCUUCUGCAGUGGAAGGAGAAGAUAUCUGCGGAGUUGGAGGAUGCUAGUCGGGUGAAAGAUGACGCUUUGAGCCAGAAGGAUCAAAUCGCGAGACAAUUAGAUGAGACGGUGAAGUCUAAGGAUAACUUGAAAUCGGAAAUUGAGAGUUCUGCUCAUAUGCUCGUGACUGGCAUUGAGAAGAUAUCGGGGAAAGUGAGUAACUUUAAGAAUUUCUCUGCGGGAGGAUUGCCGAGGUCGCAGAAGUACACAGGACUGGCUGCAAUUGCAUACGGAGUCAUUAAGAGGACUAAUGAGAUUGUUGAGGAGCUUGUUAGGCAGGUCAAUGUGGCAGAGAAGUCCAGGAAUGAAGCGAGGGAACAGAUGGAGCAGAGGAACUAUGAGAUUGCAAUUGAGGUUUCACAGCUCGAAGCGGCCAUCAGCAGGUUGAAGGAAGAGGUUGCAAAGAAGAGCGGUGCGUUAGAGAGUUUGGAGAAGGCUGUGGGCGAAAAGGACGAGACAAUUGCUGACACUGAGAGAGUGAUGAUGGAGAAAGUGAAUCUGUUGGAGAGGGAGAAUUCUGAGUUGAAAGAAUUUGUCGGGGAGAUUGAUGAUAAAUUGAAUAGUUUGGAAUCGAGGAUGGAAAUGCUAAGACCCUUUUUGAUUGAACAGCUGGAUUUUGUGACGAAGAUUCAUGAAAAGGCUUGUGAUGUUAUUAAGAUAGUUGACGCCAGUAAUUCAGAUCAGUCGGACUUAUCCGGAUCCCUGUUUCUCCCACAGGACACAGAUGUGGAGGAAAAUAUACAUGCUUCAUUAGCAGGGACGAAGUCCAUUUAUGAAUUGAUGAGGGUUGUCGUAGAAAAGACUAAGGAUUUAGUAGACGAGAAGAAUCUUGAGAUAAAGGGUAUAAAUGAAACAGUAGAUCGGUUGGUGAAGGAAAAAGAGCAAAUCGGAUCAUUGCUUAGAAGCGCGCUUUCAAAGAGGAUGGCAUUGGACCCAUCUUCUCGAACCAAUGAGUUGCUUCAGGUUGCUGAGAAUGGCUUAAGGGAGGCCGGAAUUGAGUUCAAAUUUAGCAAACAUUUGGGAGAUAAGAAAGCUUCAGCUGCCACUGAAGCAAAAACGCUGGAGAAGCGAGAAGAUGAAAUAUACACUUUGGCUGGUGCUUUGGAGAAUAUUAUUAAGGAAUCUCAACUUGAGAUCAUUGAUCAAAGACAUUGCAUAGAGGAGCUGAGGGCAGAGUUAAGUUCACUUAAACAACAUGUAGAGGCACAAGUGAAGGAGCUCAAUAACAGAAAGCUUCGGAUAGAGGAACUGGAAGAGAAGGAGAGGGUGGCAAACGAAAGUAUCGAAGGGCUGAUGAUGGAUAUUGCCUCUGCCGAAGAAGAAAUAGCUAGAUGGAAAGGAGCGGCAGAGCAAGAAGCUGCUGCUGGAGGAGCAGUCGAGCAAGAAUUGACAGCACAGUUGGCCACUCUCAAGCAAGAGCUGGAGGAGGCAAAGCAGGCCAUGUUGGAGUUUGAAAAGAAGCUGAAAUUCAAGGAAGAGACGGCGGCCGCUGCCAUGGCUGCAAGAGACGCAGCCGAGAAGUCGCUGAGGUUGGCCGACUUGAGAGCCUCGAGGUUAAGAGAUAGGGUAGAAGAAUUGACCCAUCAACUCGAGGAGUCCGAAUCGCAGAGGGACGCCAGGCGGUCUAGGAACGGUCCACGGUAUGUGUGCUGGCCUUGGCAAUGGCUCGGGCUGGACUUUGUGGGAAUCCAAAGAUCCGAGGCCCCACAACAGAGCUCUAACGAGAUGGAGCUUUCCGAACCAUUUUUAUAAUGAUUUCACUAAAGAAAACCCACAGCUUUCAUCUGAUGUAAUUAUUUCGACGCUGUUGAGCAAAAAAGGAGAAAUCACGAGUGCUUGCAUUAAGUUGCUUUGUUCUUCAUAAAGGUCUGCGUUGUUCACUGA